AUGGUGAACCACCCCAGCCCUGGGUUCCAGAGAACCACAUCUGCGGGAUACCGAUUGCCCCCUACAAAUCUGCAGGCCUCAGUCUCCCCAGCAGCUCCUGCUGGGCCUGUGAGGCGCAGGGGUCCAGCUCACAGCAGCCGCCAAGAACCCCAGGUGCCCAAGACCAACAAUGGGACCUUGGGAGCAGAGGGAGUUCGGGAAGAUCAGCUGUGGAGGGAGCGUGUGGAAGCCGAGCAACGGAGUCUGCAGCGCUGGACUGAGAAUUGGAGUUUCCUGAAAGACUAUGAUUCAAUGGGUAAUAAGAAGGAGCACCCGAUGUUGCCGGAGUACGUGCCUCUCUUCUCAGACACGGUCCCCAACUCCAUGAACCAGGUUGUGGGCAGCAGAAUGGACACACCUCUGGGGAAAAUGCUCAUAAACAUGGACUACUUCUUUGUGGAAGGCGUUCGGAAGAAGAAGCUUGAAGAGGAGCUGCAGCCCAUCUAG